UGGCUCCCAGUACCUUGGCGCAGUGUUUAGGUUAGGACUCCCAUUGGAGUAAACCGGAGGAAAACGGCUGUCUCUCUCGUCAAAAACUCGCAAGAAAACAACGUGGAGCCACUCGGAUACAUUUCAGGAAACAACGACUGGGAAGUUUGAACCCGAGCUGGUCGUCAGAUAAGAGUAAUAUCGAUUUAUUUAGGCGAACUGAUUGACCACGGACUGUCACACACAGUCACAGGUUGCUAGCGGAGUUAACGCUAACCUAGCUAGCCUAGUUAGCUAGCUGCGGUUAGCUGUGUUUUCCCUUUACUCGGGACUACAACCAGCCGGGACUUAAAAACCAGGCAGACAUUGUCCAGACAGUCUGCUGUAUGAUUCAGGCAUGAUGUGGUGUUUUUUCGGACGUUUAUCAAGCUGGCCGGCUGGUAGCAUUGGCUGACUAAAGCCUAACGUUAGUCUCUCGCGACCUGGAUUUUGACUCCUGAAUGUAUUUUGGUUUUUUCUCGUUUUUUCCGUUUCUGUGUUUGGCUGUUUUUUUUUUUGAAGUGGACUUUGCCCUCCGGGUGUUAUAACUUCCUCCCUCCUCCUAUCCAUUAAAUAAAUAUUUUUUUUUAAAAAAGCCUCCAUUGAUUCCUCUGUUGGAGAAUUUCAAAACUUUGGCUGAAAGUUUUUUUUUGGGGAGGUAGAAAGUUUGGGAAGUUGAGGAUUUUUUUCCGAGCCUGUGGAAAAAUGGAUGCGGGUAUAGAGAAGGAAUGCAGCGCCUUGGGAGGGCUCUUCCAGCUCAUCAUGAACGACAUGAAGGCCAGUUAUCCAACAUGGGAGGACUUUGUAACCAAAGGAGCCAAGCUACAAUCACAGCUCAGGACGACCAUCGUGGUGACCGGAGCCUUCCUGGAUGCUUUUCAGAAGGUGGCAGACAUGGCGACCGGGACCAGAGGUGCCACCAAGGAGAUUGGCUCAGCGCUAACCAGGAUGUGUAUGAGACACCGCAGCAUCGAGUCCAAGCUCAAACUGUUCACCACAGCUCUCUCAGAAGGUCUCGUCACUCCGCUAGAGUUGAAGAUGGAGGAGUGGAAAAAAGUGGCCAGUCAGCUGGACAAAGACCACGCUAAAGAGUACAAGAAGGCCAGAGCAGACAUCAAGAAGAAAUCAUCAGACACUAUCAAACUGCAGAAGAAGGUGAAGAAAGGGAAGGACGAGGCGCGGGGCCAGCUGGACAGUGCCCUGCAGGAUGUCAACGUGCGUUACGCCGUCCUGGAAGAGACGGAGAAACGUGCCGUGUGCAGAGCGCUAAUAGAAGAGAGAGCCCGUUACUGCAGCUUCGUCAGCAUGCUGAAGCCUGUACUGGACCAUGAGAUCAACAUGUUAGGCGAGGUGACCCACCUGCAGACUAUUCUGGAAGAUCUGACCAACCUGACAGCUGAGCCCAACAAACUCCCAGCUGCCAGCGAGCAGGUGAUUCUGGACCUGAAAGGUUCGGAUUUCAACUACAGCUAUCAGACACCCCCAGCUUCCCCCAGUAACACUCUGUCCAGGAAGAGCAGCAUCAGCAGUAACUACCAGUCUGGAUCAGUGAGACACGUUCCCUCUCUGGACUCCAUCAGCUGUGCUGUCGACGGAGUACACAUCCAGCGCUGCUCCUCCCCCUAUCUGCUGAUUGGCUGUGAUGAAACCGGGCGCUCCCUCAGCGAAGGGAACUCCCCCUCUCGCCUCGGUCGCCAGGGCAGCCGUGGUCACUACGGCCAUGGCCACCACCCCGCAAUGAGCCGCCGCGUUAGCCGCAGGGAUAUGACCACCGAUGCAGUUGGCUCCACCAAUCAGCUUGCAGCUGGGGGGAGCGGAGGGGCAGAGAACGGCCUGUUGGCCCCCCCACACAACGCCUACUCACACCAUGGAGAGAGAGCUCGAGCCAUGUCGGCGUCCGGGAAGACUUGCUCGGCCCGGGAUCAGCUGGCCUUGACGUUGGGUGCGUUGAAUUCGGACGCCCCGAGAAGCAGCAGGGACUCUCUGCACUGUUCCAGCGGCUACAGCACCCAGACCACCACCCCGUCCUGCUCCGAGGACACCAUACACACACACACUGUAAAGAGAGACCCUCCCCUCUAUGUUGACUACGAGUCCAUCUCUCUCCACGGAGACGCCGACUCCAUCUCCUUACACCACCUCUCCCACGGCAACAGCCAGUCAGACUUCGACAAGUCCUCGACCAUCCCGAGGAACUCCGACCUCAGUUUCCAGUACAGGAAGUUUGCUCAGUCCAAGCGCCCGGCCUCCACCGUCAGCCUAUUGGCCGAGCCCGAAUUGUUUGGCCGGUCCGGCCGCCCGCUGCCGUCCAACACGGCAACUAUCAGGCGCAAGCCGUCGUCCAAGCCUGCGUAUCGCAGGGGCACGAUCAGCGGGGGGGUUCCCAUCCCCAUCUGCACCCCGCAGGUUCCCCUCAAAGCCGUCGUUGCAGGAAAUGACGGCAGUGACGAGAAUGUUUUCGCAGCGCCCUCUCCUGUAGAAGCAGGAGGAUUAGGCUUCAGUAAACUCUGCACCUCCACGCAGAGCCUCAGCGCCUUACCUCCCUCCUCCCCGUACUACCAGCUGGUCCCAGGUCAGAUGCCGAUCCCCGUGCCCGUACCCACUGUCCCCUCCCUGCCACCAGAGGGCAGCAACGCCAAGCAGCAACAACAGAGACUGUACCAGCAACAGCUACAGCAACAGCAGCAGCAGCAGCAAAUCAACCAACAACUAAAUCAUCAUCAGCAACACAGUCAACUACAGCAGCACAACCAGCAACUCCAGAUCCAGCAGCAGCAACUCCAGCAACAGCUUCAGCAUCAGCAGCAACUCCAGCAACAUCAGCAGCAACUCCAGCAACAGUUUCAACAUCAGCAGCAACAGCUUCAGCAUCAGCAGCAACUCCAGCAACAGUUUCAGCAUCAACAGUCGCUGCUUCAGCAGCCAGAGCAGCUUCAGCACCAGCAUGGCCAGUAUGAGGAACAGCAGAAGCUGCUCCAGGCCUCCGCUGCCCAGGGAGAGCCCUCCAGUCUGGGCCACAGCGCUCACUGCCAGCCCCAGGCUCCCCCACCCUCCAGCCAGCACCUGGACCCAGAGCCGCUGACCCAGGAGGGACCAGGGAACAUGCUGACCCAGAUCAGAGGAGUAAAGCUCAAAAGGACCCUCACCAACGAUCGCUCCGCCCCUCUCCUGCCUCCUCCGACCAAUCACAAAUGAGGCUGAUAGUUUUGCUGGUUAACAGCGCAGACGGCACACCUGAAACACACAGACUUCCUGUUACAAAACGGAUUGUGGACCAAGUCAUCGCUGGAACUUGUGUGUCUUAUUUUAUUUUUCUGAAUAUCUGCUUCCUGUUAGGCUGUUUAGAUUUACUUGUUUUAAAAAAA